AUGACCCCUUUCCCCGCUUCUUUCCGAGGUUCUUCGGAGGAAAAGAGGUAAGGUCAGGCAACGUCACACGUGUGGUGUUGGUGAACACCUAAAAUCGAUAGUGUGCACAGUGUGGCUGUCCGUUGCCCAACACCCGAAGCGAGGGCGCGUCUCGUGGUGUCUGCGCAUGUGAGUUGCCUUCUCUGCGUGUGUGCCCCUUUCUUUUAGGCCCAACCUCUACUCUCUUUUUCAAAUCAAAGCCCGCUGGCCUUCGAUCACCGGGCGAAGGGAAGUGGGAUAAGGGCUACUAGUUUUUCAUUCAUUUCCGCUCUGACUUUUCACUUUUUCCCUCACGGAUAACACUUAACGCAGACUUGUUUACGUCAAUAACUUUAUAUGUCACGAAACGAAAUCAUCGAAUUUCCUGUUUUCAUUCCAGGGUAUCAUGUCCGGCACCGAACUUCAACCUCUCAACGUGACCAAGAAAGACGAGGAAGCCCUCGAGGUCGAGGAAGAGGCCCCGAAAGACAAGGGCAACCUCGUGUUCCUCAUAAUUCUGCUCAAUGGAAUCGGAACGCUCAUGCCAUGGAACAUGCUCAUCACCAUUUCCUAUGACGUGAGCCUCCUAAACCUACAUUUGUAGUACACAAUUGUCCUUUCAGUACUUCGAAUCGUACAAAAUGCUGGCCAACUCAACGAUCGACAUGGAGACAGGAAAAGUGAGCGGAACGCCGACGACCUUCUCCUCCAACUUUCAAAGCUUCCAAACGAUUGCUUCUCAAGUGCCGAACCUUCUUCUCAACCUUCUCAACAUUUUCAUUGUCGUCAAGUAAGGUCUUGGGCGUGUUAUCAGAAAAGAAACAUAGGCAGGCAGGCCAUGCGCGAUAAAGAGAGGUCGACGGAGGACGCGAAUGAUGAAUGUGUUCGGCAGGGGUGAGAGAAAAGAGAGGUUCAAAAGUGUUGUAUGUGACAUGGCAAGAUGUGAUUAAUUUGUUCGCAAGGGUCGAAUCAGAUAGGGCUGGCUGUCAUGAAGAAUUUGAGUUGGUUUGGGGAAUUAAAUUGAGGGGUCUGGUAAAUUUGUGAAGCUGGAAAGAUGUGUUGAGGCGACAAGUUCCAGAAUAUGAUGUUGAUGAGACUUGUGAACAACUGAGAUCCACAAUUUUUCAAUAUUGAGCGCUCUAAAGGCGGUAGCUUCAACCACAAUCUAGUUUCAGAAAUCCAUAAGUUAUUGUUCCAAAAACCUAGCUUUGAAAUCAACUCUGACCCAAACCCACUGUACUUCCUUUGCAGGGGAGGACUCGCCAGCCGUAUCACCGUCGGACUCUCCAUCGUCGCUGUCUGCGUCGUCACCACGAUGGGCUUCAUCUACGUGGACACUAACUCAUGUGAGUGAUAAAGUUCAGGCGCCCUUUUACUUCAGCUCAAACAUCAACUCUCCUCUGCAUUGGAAGCAACUGUUGCCCUUUUUUUGCAGGGCUCACACUCUUCUUCGUGCUCACAAUUGUCACCAUAAUCGUGUUGAAUGGCGCCAAUGGAGUUUACCAGAACAGCAUUUUCGGACUCGCCUCUGAGCUGCCAUUCAAGUACACCAAUGCUGUUAUCAUCGGGAACAACUUGUGCGGAACUUUUGUCACCCUACUCAGCAUGACCACAAAAGCAAUGACCAAGAACAUCCUGGAUCGUUCGUUCGCUUACUUCUCAAUCGCUCUCGUCACCCUCGGAUUGUGCCUCUUCUCCUUCCUGAUUCUCCAGAAGCAGCGUUUCUAUCAAUUCUACAGCACUCGUGCCGCGAGACAACGCUCUAAGAACGAGGAGAGUUCCGAGGGAAAAGGAUUUGCCACGUACGUCGCUACCUUCAAGGAGGCAUUCCCGCAACUCGUCAACGUCUUCCUCGUCUUCUUCGUCACUCUGUCUAUCUUCCCAGGAGUCAUGAUGUACAUCAAGGAUGAGAAGAAGGGCGGAACCUACGAUUUCCCUCUGCCGAGUAAGAAUUCUAAAGAAGUUCGAGUAAAAAUUAUGGAUUUUUUCAGAGAACUACUUCAUGGACGUCACCACUUUCCUUCAGUUCAACGUCUUUGCCUUCAUUGGAUCUAUCGUCGCUGGAAAGAAGCAAUGGGUGGGUUCCGAGCUCUGUCUGAAAGUGAUCUAAUCUUUUUUGUUUUCAGCCAGCCCCGAACCGCCUGUGGAUCCCAGUCUACCUCCGUCUCCUCUACAUCCCGUUCUUCGCUUUCUGCAACUACCUGCCGGAGACUCGUACCCUCCCGGUCCUCUUCGAAUCCACGUGGCUUUUCGUCAUCGUCGGCGCCACCAUGAGCUUCGGAAGCGGAUACUUCUCCGGACUUGCCAUGAUGUACUCCUCGCAAACUGUCGAUGCAUCCCGUGCUCAGGUCGCCGGAAUGAUGGCUGGAUUCUUCCUCAUCUCGGGAAUCGUCUCGGGACUCAUCUUCACCAUGGUCAUCAAGUUCGUGGUCACUGCCUAG